AUACAGUUUCUUUUUAUUUUAUCUGGGCCUACUUACCACCUCUUUUAAUCUAUUUUAUGCAUUUUGGUCUAUCAGACAUUUCUUGACUAUAAUGACAAAAAUCACGAGGACAGAUGUCUUAAUAAUCAUGCAAAAUGACCUAAUGUAAUAGUGACAAUAUCUCUAGUUCUUCCCUCAGUGUUUCUGCUCCAGAAGUCUCCCUCCUCUCCAGUCACUUGCCAUGCAACGGGUUUCUUCCCUGACAAAGGCAUUAUGUUCUGGAGGAAAGAUGGAGAGGAGAUUCAUGAAGGGGUAGAACAUGGAGAUCUUCUUCCCAAUGAUGAUGGAUCCUUUCAGAUGAGUGUCUACCUGGAAGCUCUGAAAAUCCCACCUGAAGACUGGGGGAGAUACGAAUGCGUAUUUCAACUCUCUGGAGUGCAAAAUUAUGUUGUUACCAAACUGGACCAAGAUUCAAUCAGAAGCAACAAUCCCAAAAAAGAAGGUCUGUUAACAACAACCAGCAUCGCUGUCAUUGCUACAAUGGGAUGUGUUAUCGUCAUCAUCAUCGUUGCUUUAUCAUCCACAGCUUUCAAAAAGAGGGAAUGUGACACACAGUAUAGAGAGAUCUUCUACACCAUCCUCUGAAACAGCCUCUCUUUAAGAAACUGAUGCAAAAAGCACUUCACCAUGAGGCAUGCUGGACUUGUGUCAUAUCCAGAUGUCCUGUUGACUGCACAUAUAAUCUACAGGAAAUUCCAGGAUCAUGUUAAAUGAAGAUUACUGGCAAUAAUUUAACGGAGCAAACUUAACAUGCUAAAUGGUGUGGGUUUAAUGUCAUGUCUCAAAGUUUUGAGUAGCUCUAUCUAUGUUUACUCACAUUUUACAACUAUAUUGCACAAUAAUAUUUUUAAAUUAUGCAUCUGCCUAUUAUAAAACAUACAAACGCAUACAUGACAUAAUGAAAGUCUGUAUUUUUCUCUACCAAAUAACAUCAGAGGCUAUUUUUAUUGAAGGUCCUACUACAACAAAUGACAGAGAGAAACCUUCUUAGGUUUUACCAGACUUAUCUAAAAAGGAAAAGAAAUAAACAGUUCACUGAAACUAGAGAUAAAGUUCUGGUUUCUGUUUUAGCAAAGACAUGCAAACAAAAUCAAGCCUGAGCCAAGAGUUGAACAUCAUUCUAGGCUAUAAAGCAAACAGAAAUUGAUAUGCAAGUGCUGUGCUGAAAAUAAUCAAGCUGAAUAACUAAAUGACUUAUUAACAUUUUACCCUAUUUUUUUAUUCUCCUCUGAAGUUUUACUCCAGCCUAUAAAAGGUCAAUGUUGAAUCAUCACACCUAGAAAAAACUAUCUGAAAACUUAUCUUAUAUCUUAUUUUGAUGUUGACUAUCAAAGUUAUUUAACCAAAUUAUUUUUUCUACAGUUCUUAAAGAGAUAAACAUUUAAACAGUGAAAUCAGGUAAGACUGUUGACCAGUGAUUGCUUUCAUGUGACUGUCUUUUUUUCUGUCUAAGAAACUACUAAGAGAUUUGUGUUUUUUUUAUAUAUAAAUGGAUGCUUUUUAAAAAUAAAUCAUAACUGAAGUA